AUGAGUAAGGAGAUCAAGGAGGGUGCUGUGGUUCGGCAUGCACACGUGGAGGGUGCGUUGGUCCUUGCGAGGCUGAGGGGCGUGGAGGCAUUUCGGGAGAGGGGGGAGGUGAAGGCGCUUUUGGGGCUGACGCUUAAUGCGACGGUGUGCUGUUUGAGCGCGAGACGGAAGAUUUCUGAACCGAUUAGGAAGAUGAGAGAGCAUGCGGCGACGGUGGUGGAUGGCGCGGACAUGAACUGGAGGCUCAGUGGUGUGUUGUCGGAUGUCGUUGAUCUGGUCGCUGAUAUCCACGCGAACACCUUGACACUGGAGGAGAAGACGGCAAGGUGUGCGAGGCUUGACAGCUGCCUCGAGGCUAUCUCACACGAAGCCACCUCGACAUGGUCGUAUGAAAGCGUCAUAGUACCGGCAGAACACAGGGCCGGAUCACUGCCCAGCGACUCACCAUCUCUGUACAACAUCUACCCCAGCCGAGCUGUCAUGCACACAUGGAAUGUCCUACGCCUCCUCCGCAUCCUUCUCCGCGAAGAGCUCAUCUCACACUUCCCAACAUCCACCCACUCAACCCUUCUCCUCCAACCCCCGCCCUCCAUAACGCCAACAAUACGCCAAAUCUGCGCAUCCGUCCCCCAAAUGAUCGCCUGCUCCUCUGCAGCUUCCCACAAACUACCACCCGGCUCACCGUGCCAGCACCCACAUUCCCCAUCCUCGGGCCUACUGCACACAAUCCCGCACCUUCUCGACGCCUACAUCCUAAUAUUCCCCCUUUACGUCGCAGGGUGGUCGCGCUACUGCUCCCCGCCGACUCGGGUCUGGAUCCUGGAUCAGCUAGAAUACAUCGGUACGCACUUUGGCCUCAUGGCAGCAAAUGUGGUUCGGGAGGUUCUGCUCAGAGACACGGGUUCCGGUGGUGUGGAAUCGUGGGUGGCGAGGCGGAAGCAGUUCGAUUUUGUCCUUUCAAGGCACAUCGCGGACUUCUACGGGUUAGGUCUUUGA